UGAGUGUGGAUCCUCAAUAAACUUCUUGCAGGCAGUCCCUGUCUCAAAGUCUGUUUCCCAGAGAACUUGACCUAAAAUAAAAAAUAAUAACAAUAAUAAAUAACGACAAUGUUAAAAAUAACAACAUGAUACCAGCAAACACAUAAUCCUUCCUACAUGCCAGGAACUGCUCUAAGUGCUUUAUAUAUGUUUAUACAUCGGUAAACACGUUUGCAUUGGGUGAAAAGUGGUUAUAAUUCCGUGGCCUCUGAGCACUGCAGUGUGGAGACAAGAGAAAGAUGAGGCUAGAAUCAGGGAAGGGAUGUGGGGAUGGAGACAAGUGGACAAGCUAGAUGUAGUUAGUGCUUGCUGUUUGGCAGGAAGUGAGGUACGAAAAUAGGGUAGGUGACCCCAAGAGAGUGGGGCAGCUUCCCGGAGCAGAAUUGGGAAAACAUAUUGGGUUCAUCAGGCAGCGUGUCUCCUUUCCUAAGACGUGGAGUUGGGCAGGUUGGCCAGUCAGGGAGGUUCCGGUGGCUCCCCCUUUUCUACUUCCAGGGCUGCCCACUGGCUUGUUCCACAUGUCUCCACACCAUGUCCUGUCUCCCGGGCUUUGCGGGUUGUUUUCGUCCUUUUCGGCGGUUGGACAUUUGCUGAUGGUCCCCGAAGUUUUGCGGCCGUGCCCGCAGAGAGGCAUUCUGCCGGGUUCCCUGGGAGAGCAGGGGGCGGAAGCGGAAGCAGAUACGCUGGCGCCGGCGGCGGGGUGGCUAGGAACGGAAGCGGAAGUGGCGGCGGCGCCGGCCUGGCCUGGCCUGGCUGAAGGGAGGCGGCGGGCUGGCGCGAUGGCGGAGGCCGGGCCACAGGCGCCGCCGCCCCCGGGCACCCCAAGCCGGCAUGAGAAGAGCUUGGGACUUCUGACUACCAAGUUCGUGUCGCUUUUGCAGGAAGCCAAGGACGGCGUGCUUGACCUCAAGCUGGCAGCUGACACCCUAGCUGUGCGCCAGAAGCGGCGGAUUUACGACAUUACCAACGUGCUGGAAGGUAUUGGGCUGAUCGAGAAAAAAUCCAAGAAUAGCAUCCAGUGGAAGGGUGUGGGGCCUGGCUGCAAUACCCGGGAGAUUGCGGACAAGCUGAUUGAGCUCAAGGCAGAGAUCGAGGAGCUGCAGCAGCGAGAGCAAGAACUGGACCAGCACAAGGUGUGGGUGCAGCAGAGCAUCCGGAACGUCACAGAGGACGUGCAGAACAGCUGCUUGGCCUACGUGACUCAUGAGGACAUCUGCAGAUGCUUUGCUGGAGACACCCUCCUGGCCAUCCGGGCUCCGUCAGGCACCAGCUUGGAGGUACCCAUCCCAGAGGGCCUCAAUGGGCAGAAGAAGUACCAGAUUCAUUUGAAGAGUGUGAGUGGCCCCAUCGAAGUGCUGCUGGUGAACAAGGAGGCAUGGAGCUCACCGCCUGUGGCGGUGCCUGUGCCACCACCUGAAGAUCUGCUCCAGAGCCCACCUGCUGUCUCUACCCCUCCAACUCCACCCAAACCUGCUGUGGCCCUGCCCCAGGAUGCCUCACGCCCAAGCAGUCCCCAGAUGACUACGUCUACCUGUGUCCCCGGCACCACUGAAGCCCAAGGGGUGGCCAGUCCAGCAGCUGAGAUCACAGUGAGUGGUGGUCUUGGAACCAAUAGCAAGGACAGUGGUGAGCUCAGCUCACUCCCGCUGGGCCCGACCGCACUGGACACUCGGCCACUGCAGUCCUCUGCCCUGCUGGACAGCAGCAGUAGCAGCAGCAGCAGCAGCAGCAGCAGCAGCAAUAGCAGUUCAUCUGGACCCAACCCUUCUACCUCCUUUGAGCCCAUCAAGGCGGACCCCACAGGUGUUCUGGAACUCCCCAAAGAGCUGUCAGAAAUCUUUGAUCCCACACGAGAGUGCAUGAGCUCAGAGCUGCUGGAGGAGCUGAUGUCCUCAGAAGUGUUUGCCCCUCUUCUCCGCCUUUCUCCGCCCCCCGGAGACCAUGAUUACAUCUACAACCUGGACGAGAGUGAAGGUGUCUGUGACCUCUUUGAUGUGCCUGUUCUCAACCUCUGACUGACUGGGACAUGCCCUGUGUGCCUGGGACACAAACUGUCUAACCUGAGGGCUGCUUGGGGACCUCCCCCCACCCCCACUGCUACAAAGCUUGAGAGCCACAGACUCCUGGCUUCCCCAGCCUUCCCUGACUGCACAGUUCUGGCUACAACUCCUACACAGCACCGACACCUGUACAGUGCUAGGAGAGCAGGGGAAAGGGGCUCAGCCCCUCCACGGUGGAGCCAAAAUACUUGCCUCUCCUUUUCUGGGGCUUGCCCCACUUUGUGCCCUCCCCAAGCCCAUGCUCGGCUGCUACACCCAGUGUCACAGAAUGAGGAGCUGAAUUCACUCCAUAGGGCAACUUGUCUAACCCCACUGCCCUGUUCCUGCCAUGUCCUCUCCCUCUUAGGAGGGAAGUUGGGGUGGAGCUCAGCACUUUCCAGCACCAUCCUAGCCUCCUUUACUUCUCUCCCCCCCCCCCACCCCACCCUUGACCCUGUUGACCCUCCUGGACCUCUCUCUCCUGUAUCCCUCUUCUGCCUGGCCUUUAGCCUUGAGAACCUGUAGGUGGUGGUGGUGGUGGUGGUGGGUGCUAACAGAAAGGAACAGAGGUCUCUAGCUAGGAAUCUGGGCAGGUGAGUCCCUGAGGAUUGGCCCACCCUCCUGCUGCCCCAUAGCCCACCUCUCUCUAUUCAUUUACCCUCAUUUAGAGCCAUUUGCAGAGAUUUAGAAAGAUUUGCAGUAACAAUGGAUUCCUAUAUAAAGAUUAUUUUUAUACUUUUUGCAGCAAAAGAAAAUUGUAAUAUUUGUACAGUGUCCAAGUGAAUAAAGAUCUUGCCUAAGGCUA